UUGAGCUUUUGUUUGUUAAAGAAGGAUUGAGGAUGAUGGCCUCCGAUUUGUAGUAGCGGGGAGGAAUCUUUCUCCAAAUCAGCGAGCUUGAGGAAAAAUGAUCACGAGGGUGCUGCUGCUCUCGCUGGUCCUGCUAGGGGCCUUCGAUGCCCCAAAUAUUGAGGGAAAGAUGAGCAAGAAAAUGGUCCAAGCUAGCAGUGGAUGCAAUGCUUGUAGGAUGCAUGAGGAGAUUAGGGCCUUGAGUCUCGAGGCGAUAAAGGAGCAAAUCCUCAAUAAAUUGGGCCUAAAACAAGCCCCGAAUAUGACUGGUAGGGCUCUGCCGAGGAUCCCUCCAAUAGAUAAAUUGAUGGACAUGUAUGGGGUGCAGGCGGAUCAACCACUAGAGCCGGGAAUUACCCAUCAUGAAGAGAUCGACGAGUAUGCGGCUAAAACGGAAAGCGUCUUCGCCUUGGCACAACCUCACCAGAGGCUAAGGCAUUCGAAGGGUAGCCUGGAUGUAUUGUACUUCAAAUUUUCGGAUAAGGUAGUUCAGCAUCGAGUGACGAGGGCGGAGCUCUCGUUGUGGAUUUACGGUACCACGGAACCGAGAGAAGACUGCGAGUCGGAAGUAGACUUGGAUAGUCAUGCUCCAGUGACGAUAACCCUCCAAAGAAUCCUCCGAGGUGCGACAGAGUCAGGUGGUCCACUACUGGGACCGCCCCUAACGACCAAACACUCGAGACCAAUCGGCGGAAGCGGCAAAUGGGUCACCAUCGAACUCAGACGCAUGGUCGCCGAGUGGUUCAAGCACCCCAGGGAUAACCUUGGAGUGGCCUUGAAAAUCGGAGGAGGAGGCGGCAAUCACAGGAGGAACUACAAACCGGUCGAAACCAAUCCUGCCGCGGAGAACGCGCCCUACCUGGAAGUUCAGACGCAGGAACUCGAUUCCAGGAGAGGCGGCAGGAUCAAGAGGAACGUAGGACUCAAUUGCGACGAAGCGAGUCAAGAAACCAGGUGCUGUCGUUACAAGCUCACAGUCGAUUUUGAGAAAUUCGGCUGGGAUUGGAUAAUUGCACCUAAAAAAUACGAUGCGAACUAUUGUUCUGGGGACUGCCCCAUGGCGUUUUUACCUGCAUAUCCAAACACGCACAUAGUCAGCUUAGCCGAGCCUCCAAACAACACGGGACCAUGUUGUGCGCCAAGGAAGCUCUCAGAAAUCACAAUGCUCUACUUCGACAACGAGUAUCAAAUCGUUUUUUCACGGUUACCGGGAAUGGUAGUUGAGCGUUGUGGCUGCUCAUAG